GAAGGAAAAGAAUCACAAUGUGCGGUAUAAUUAGAGGUUAUGUUGUCGUAGUUAAGAAAUUCAUAUGGUACUGUAAAAAGUACCAUUAUUUGAAAUAAAAAGUGUAUAUUUUCUGCAGAUAGUUUAAAUAAUGACUGACGAAAACGUUCAAGAGAUACCGCGCAUUUCUGAGACUGUUGAUUUUCCCUUAGAAGAGGAAAAAGUCUUAAAAUUGUGGCAGAAAAUUAACGCCUUUCAAAACAGCUUAAAACAGUCAAAAGGAAAGCCACGUUAUUCAUUUUAUGACGGUCCACCUUUUGCAACGGGUCUUCCUCACUAUGGACAUGUCUUAGCAGGAACCAUUAAAGAUAUUGUAACACGGUAUGCUUGUCAGCAAGGUUACCACGUUGAACGCCGUUUUGGCUGGGACUGUCAUGGGUUACCUGUAGAAUUUGAAAUUGACAAGACUUUGAACAUCAAAGGACCAGAAGAUGUUGAAAAAUUGGGCAUUGAUAAGUACAAUGCAGAGUGCAGGAAGAUUGUCACCCGUUAUGUUAGAGAAUGGGAAAUUAUUACUGAAAGACUGGGGCGUUGGAUAGAUUUUAAAAAUGACUAUAAAACAUUGUAUCCAUGGUAUAUGGAGUCAAUUUGGUGGAUUUUUAAGCAACUGUAUUUAAAGGGCUUGGUGUACCAAGGCAAUAAAGUGAUGCCUUUUUCAACUGCCUGCAAUACACCAUUGAGUAACUUUGAAUCUGGUCAAAAUUACAAGGACGUUGUGGAUCCUGCACUCACUGUUUCUUUACCAAUAAUAGGUGAUAAAGAAGGGGCUGCACUCUUAAUUUGGACGACAACUCCAUGGACUUUACCCAGCAACUUGUCUGCUUGCGUCAAUGCAAACCUGGAAUAUGCCAAAUUUAAAGAUCUUACAUCAGGAAACAUAUACAUAAUGCUUGAAAGUCGUAUCGAAACCAUAUUCAAACCCGAAACGUACCAAAUUUUACAAAAAUUCAAUGGUAUCACAUUGAAAGGCUUAAGAUACGAGCCUCCGUUUCCAUAUUUCAAAUUUAUGCAGGAAAAGGGGGCUUUCCAAGUAUUUGUAGAUGAUUAUGUUACAGCUGACAGUGGUACAGGAGUUGUACAUCAGGCGCCUUACUUUGGCGAAGACGAUUACCGGGUGUGCUUAAUUAACGGAGUAAUUACUAAAGACAUGAGUCCUUUAUGUCCUGUAGAUGCAAAUGGAAGAUUGACAAAACCUGUUACUGAUUUCGAAGGACAAUAUAUCAAAGAUGCAGAUAAGAACAUUAUAGCAAUGUUGAAGGCCAAUAAUCGACUAGUGCAUUUGUCUCAGAUUAAACACAGUUAUCCGUUUUGUUGGCGUUCGGACACUCCCCUGAUAUACAAAGCAGUCCCUUCAUGGUUUAUUAGAGUUGAAACUAUAAAAGAAAGUCUGUUGACAAGCAGUAACAGCACCUAUUGGGUACCAGAUUUUGUAAAAGAGAAAAGAUUCGGUAAUUGGCUGAGGGACGCAAGGGACUGGGCUGUAAGCAGAAAUCGUUACUGGGGCACCCCGAUACCUAUAUGGAAAUCACCAUCAGGCGACGAGGUCCGCUGCAUUGGUAGCAUAGCAGAGUUAGAAGAAUUAACGGGUACAAAGGUCACCGAUUUGCAUCGCGAAAGCAUCGACCAUUUAACGAUACCAUCAGCAAAACCUGGGAAUCCCCCGCUGCAACGUGUUCCCGAAGUCUUCGAUUGCUGGUUCGAAUCGGGUUCGAUGCCCUACGCCCAACAGCACUAUCCCUUCGAAAAUAAUAAAGAGUUUGAGGAAUGCUUCCCUGCCGAUUUUGUAGCGGAAGGCAUCGAUCAAACUCGGGGGUGGUUUUAUACUCUCAUUGUCAUUUCAAGCGCACUCUUUGGCAAAGCUCCCUUCAAGAAUUUAAUAGUCAAUGGUCUCGUCUUGGCCAGCGACGGCCAGAAGAUGUCUAAAAGGAAGAAAAACUACCCAGAUCCCAUGGAGGUCGUCAAUAAAUACGGGGCAGACGCACUAAGAUUGUACCUUAUUAAUUCUCCAGUUGUUAGAGCUGAGAAUUUACGAUUUAAAGAGGAAGGAAUCCGAGACGUCGUGAAAGACGUUUUCUUACCUUGGUACAACGCAUUCAGAUUUCUCAUGCAAAAUUUAGACAUCUAUGUGCAAGAAAACAAAACUCAUUUCAUCUAUAAUGAAAAUGACCUCUCCAGUGACAAUAUAAUGGACCGUUGGAUCAUAUCUUUUACGCAAUCUCUUCUUGAGUAUGUACGAAAAGAAAUGGCUCUGUAUCACUUGUACAACGUCGUCCCAAGACUCACUAAAUUCAUCGAUCAUCUUACCAAUUGGUACGUAAGGAUGAACAGAAAACGAUUGAAGGGUGAAGGAGGUCAAGAAGACUGCAAACGCGCUCUCACCACGCUCUUCAACGUGCUCUUCAACAUGGUAAAAAUGAUGGCUCCCUUCACGCCCUUCCUUUCCGAAACGAUGUAUCAGUAUUUGAAAAAGAUUGCCAGGUCCAUUCCGGACAGUGUCCAUUACCUACCGUUGCCAGAACCGAACAUCAGCCUCAUCCACAAGGACACAGAACGCGCCAUCUCUGGGAUGCAAGAGGUAAUCGAACUUGCUCGGGUAAUGAGAGAUAGGAGGACAAUUCCAGUCAAAUAUCCGUUACCGGAACUUGUCGUAGUCCACAGAGACGAGGAAUAUAUCAAGGACGUCCUCUCCCUCCAAGAAUACGUGCUAUCAGAAGUGAACGUACGUAAAUUAACCACUACAACCGAUAAGAGUAAAUAUGGAGUGACUUUGCGAGCUGAACCUGAUCACAAAACUUUAGGACUUAGAUUGAAACAGGACUUCAAGGCCGUUACCAUCGCCAUAAAGGCUCUUCAAGAUACGGAGAUAAACAAGAUUCAACAAGAAGGUUUUGGUAUUAUUGCAGGGCACAGAAUCGAGUUGUCUGAGUUGCGAUUGAUUUUUAAGGCAGAUAGCGAUAAAUUUAGCAACUAUGAGGUGGCCAGUGCCAAUCAGGUAGUUGUACUAUUGGACACGACCCCAGACAAGUCCAUGCAAGACGAAGGAACCGCCCGAGAAAUUAUUAAUCGAAUCCAAAAGCUUAGAAAGAAAGCUCAACUUGUGCCCACAGACGAAAUCAAAGUUUUCUAUAAAGUCGAUGGAGAUUUGUCUCGUAUUGCAGAAUCCCACAAAAACUUUAUAGAAAACUCCAUAAAAGCACCUUUCGUUCCUCUGGAUCAACGAGAUCCCAAAUUAAAACUUAUAAUCGAAGAAAAUCAAAAAUUAAAAGAUGGUGAACUGUAUCUCCUACUUACCGGUGAUAAGUCAACGUUGAAAUCAGUUCAAGAUAACGGUUAUGGAACUGAAACACCUGUUUGUAAAUGGAUUAAUGUUUAUCUUCAAGAUUUUGAGCCACGAUAUGGAAAUGGUAGCCGAAAGGGCCUUAUACUGUUGGAAGUGUUAGGGAGAACUUUAUCUUUGGAACAACUAAAGGCUGCUGUUAAUGUUCUUUUCGGACUUUACCAAGAUUUUGAGCUGUGGACACAAAAUGGAAAAAUAGAGACCGAUGACCAAAUACCAAAGCUUUCUGAGCAGACGGUUUUUGUGUUGCGGACUUCUAAUAUUGCUAAACAAAUUGAUAAAAACCUUAUUAAUACCAGACCUUUUUGUAAAGUACGUAAUUUUACUGAAAACGGAAUUAAGGGCACUAUUAUCUUAGAAAAUCCUGCAGGGCACAAUCUUUCAGAAAAACACUAUAAAACGCUUUUAAAUAAAUGGCUCAGUCACAAUUAAUGCGGAUUUUUUUUAUGGUUUUAUAA